AUGAUGAACAGAACCGAGUUCCGCGACUCGUAUUACCGGCCCAACGAACUAACGUCCAAGUUCGCGUCGUGGGCCGAACCAUUCUACAAGAGCUGGUCGUCGUGGGACAAGGACCGGGCUUCGUUCAACAACAACAACAUAGGUUCACCGUCGUUCUCUUGGGACAGGGAACCGCUCACCAGGGGAAGUGGGUCGUGGGACAGGGAGCCACUCAACAGAGGCGGCGGCUCGUGGGACAGAGAGCCUCUCGGCGGGGACGGUGGCAGCUCGUGGGACAACAGGGGAUCGUCGUGGGACAACAGGGGCUCAUCGUGGGACAAGGAUCUAGUCGAAGUGCCAUUGCAAAAGCCCUACAGAGGUGGUAGUGGUAGUGGUGGUGGCGGAAAUAACAACUUAUACAACAACGACAAUUAUCCGGAAGUGGCGGUAAGGGGCGAUCGGCAGCAGUAA